GCCCAAGUCUUCCCCAUCUUGACCAGACAGUACUUAGCACCAAGUACUGUAAUGUUGGACGAUACGAUACGUACCCAGUACUUACACGUGUUACCUAUCCCGGAGGAUUAGCCUCCGGGACUACUUCUGACUUGCUUCCCUUUCUGUCCUACCUCAGCCUUGUCUACUACAUCCGCUGAGGUACCUUGCUAUACACAGCCAUUUGUAUAUAGCCGAAGCAAGCCAGCACUGCCACUUAAUUGACAUCUGUCAUCCGACCAUUCCACACGCAGGGUACUUUCGCAGCGCCGCAGCACAUGCAAUGUACGGGAGUAGAAGAAUCACGUCCUUGGGUCAUCACCGUUAUUCGUGCCCAAGGCUAUCAACCUUUGCGUCCUGAAAAGUCUUGGAGACCAAUCGUUUCUGUCGUAGUAGACGAGCACCAGCGUUAUGAAGUGAACUUGGGAUGUGACGGGCAGAACCCAAACCUCAGGGAACGUUUCAUGAUGCGGGGCACAGACGUCGGUUCCCGAGUGGACAUCAAUGUGUACCAUCAGGCGCCGAGCAAGAAGAAACGCAAAAAGCGGUAUCUACUUGCAACGACUUCCUUGUCGUUUCAGGCCCUAUCCAAGUUAAAGGGUACUGCAAAUCCUUUCAAAAUACCGCUGAGUUCUGUGGUACGACCCUCCAUGCGUGGGUCAGCUCGAGGGAGAACAGUUUCAGUCUCCCUUGUUGCUAAGCUUGAAGUCCCCCAGACUGAGGCGAGACUCAAUGCGCUUGAUUCCUUGGCAUCAGAUGACCAAUACGACGACAACAUCAUGUCACUCGGGUCACCAACUUCAGAACCUGAAUCAGACAGAACAAGUAACUUUCCUUGUUCGAGUCGCGCUAUAACUCCUCCAGUCUCGCUUGAUUUGUCCGGGAUACGUAUUCGUCGAGGAUACUUCUCAGACACAGACGAUGACCGCCCGCUAGACGACCACGUCAAACUCAUCAACGACAGCUACGACAGCUCUGAAUUCACGGACAAUAUCGACUUGAGUGCUGUAGUCCUCAUAAACAAUACCCAACUUGUUCCACUCGCGCCUUCCCUUUUACCCAGAUACACAGAGCAGAUAUCCGUGGACAGUUCGUUGUCGUUUAUCGAUGCCCUUGUUGACUCCUUCUCGUGUUAUGCUGAACUUCGGGUGGCUUGCAGUGACUGCAGUGACUCUGAAUAUGAGCGUAUUUUGGAAAAACUCACGUCUGAAUGGUACUUUGUGGGUGCAUCACUGGUCGCCCUUUCCGGGCUUGACGCGGCUGUCUUCGGUUUUUCGUCCAGCUCAUUGUUCUCCGUCAACAAUUUCGCCCAAAGCUCAAUAGCUAUAGGAAGCGUCGCUUCCGGCAUCGGUCUCGCAAUCGAUGGCUGGUUCCUGUUGGUAUACAGCGGAGCAAACGCUAAAAAGUUCCAGAAACUCGCUCGCGACGUAUACGGCAAAUAUCUGUUCUUUUGCAUAUCGUCGCGUCUUCCUGCUGUAUGCAUGUUUGUAUCAGCAUGCGCAUUAAUGGCCUUUUUGAUUGCAGUAGCAUGGUCUGCCUGGCCUACCGCCGUUUUGGUCAUGUGUUUCACCGCUGGUAUCUUGAUCAGUCUCCAGUUCAUUAUCUAUGGGCUACACUGCGUAGUGGUUUGGGUGACUGAGGUUAUUAGGAGAGUGCGCAGAGGAUUGAUGUGGUGUGUAAGGAGACCGUCCAACGACGUUUCGGAGCACAACGUUUCCGAAAAAUAGUGGUGUAUUUAGAACGAUUUUCUCUCUCUCUCGCUACAUCUGUAAUAUGCAUGGAUCACAAUUUAUUUAUGUUUCAAAAA